AUGAUAAGUUUACUAAUUAUGAGCAUUCUUUCCAUCUUUGUAAUAGCAGAAUUUGUUCUAGGAAAUUUUGCCAAUGGCUUCCUAGCACUGGUGAACUGUAUCAACUGGGUCAAGGGACAAAAGAUCUCCUUAGCCGAUGGAAUUCUCACUGCUCUGGCGGUCUCCAGAAUGGGUUUGCUCUGGGCAUUAGUAAUAAAUUGGUAUGCAACUGUGUUUAAUCCAGCUUUAUAUAGCUCAGAAGUAAAAAUUAUUGUCUAUAUGAUCUGUACAGUAAGCAACCAUUUUAGUGUCUGGCUUACAACUAGCCUCAGCAUACUUUAUUUGCUCAAGAUAGCCAAUUUCUCCAGCCUUAUAUUUCUUCACCUAAAGUAGAAAGUUAAAAGAGUAAUUCUCAUGAUACUGUUUGAGACUUUGGUCUUCUUGGUUUUUCAUCUUGCAGUUGUAAACAUAGAUGAAAAUAUGCAAAUGAAUGAAUGUGAAGGAAACAUCACCUGGAAUACCAAAUCGAGGGACAUGGUGCACAUUUCAAAUAUGACUGUAUUUAUGCUUGUGAACUUCGUACCCUUUACUAUGUCCCUGAUGGCUUUGCAGCUGCUAAUCUUUUCCCUGAGGAAACAUCUCAAAAAGAUGUAGCUCAAUGGCAAAGGAUCCCAAGAUCCCAGGACUGAGGUCCACAUAAGAGCCAUUCAAACUGUGAUCACCCUUCUCUUGCUUCUUGCUAUUUACUUCCUGACUCCGAUCUUCUCAGUUUGGAAUUCUAAUAUGAUGAGGAACAAAACAGAUUUCCUGCUUUUCAGAGUUCUUGAAAUCCUGUAUCCUUCAGACCACUCAUUUAUCCUGAUUUGGGGAAACAAGAAGCUAAGAUAG